UUGCGCUACAUUGCCCGCAAGCACGACCUGUGUGGGGAGACAGAAGAGGAGAAGAUCCGUGUGGACAUUUUGGAGAACCAGGUUUGGGACACCCGUCUACAGCUUGGCAUGAUGUGCUACAACCCUGACUUUGAGAAACUGAAGCCAGAGUUCUUGGAGGGCCUCCCUGAGAAGAUGAAACUGUACUCACAGUUCCUGGGGAAGAGGCCAUGGUUUGCAGGGGACAAGAUCACCUUUGUGGAUUUCAUUGCUUAUGACGUCCUUGACCAGCACCGUAUAUUUGAGCCCAAGUGCCUGGAUGCGUUCCCAAACCUGAAG